AUGGAGGGCGCCAGGCAGACGCGAGUGUCUCGGCCGUACAAGAUCAGCGAGUCGUCAAAGGUUUACCACUGGACCGAGCACUCGACCACGGUGCUGCAGCGGCUGAAUGAACAGCGCCUCCGCGGCCUCUUCUGUGAUGUUGUGCUGGUGGCGGAUGAGCAGCGCGUGCCGGCCCACCGCAACCUGCUGGCAGUGUGCAGUGACUACUUCAACUCCAUGUUCACCAUCGGCAUGCGGGAGGCCUUCCAGAAGGAGGUGGAGCUGGUGGGCGCCUCCUACAUCGGGCUCAAGGCUGUGGUGGACUUCCUGUAUGGCGGCGAGCUGGCGCUGGACGGCGGCAACAUCGACUACGUCCUGGAGACGGCGCACCUGCUGCAGAUCUGGACGGUGGUGGACUUCUGCUGCGAGUACCUGGAGCAGGAGGUGAGUGAGGACAACUACCUCUACCUGCAGGAGCUGGCUUCCAUCUACAGCCUCAAGCGGCUGGACGCCUUCAUCGACGGCUUCGUCCUGAGCCACUUCGGCACGCUGUCCUUCACGCCCGACUUCCUGCAGAACGUGUCCAUGCAGAAGCUCUGCCUCUACCUGGGCAGCAGCCAGGUGCAGCGGGAGUGUGAGCACGACCUGCUGCAGGCCGCCCUGCAGUGGCUGACGCAGCAGCCGGAGCGGGAGGCCCACGCCUUCCAGGUGCUGGAGAACAUCCACUUCCCGCUCAUCCCCAAGAAUGACCUGCUGCACCGCGUCAAGCCGGCCGUGUGCGCGCUGCUGCCCAAGGAGGCCAACUGCGAGGGCUUCAUCGAGGAGGCCGUGCGCUACCACAACAGCCUGGCCGCGCAGCCCGUCAUGCAGACCCGGCGCACGGCGCUGCGCACCAACCACGAGCGCCUGCUCUUCGUGGGCGGCGAGGUGUCCGAGCGUUGCCUGGAGCUCAGCGACGACACCUGCUACCUAGAUGCUCAGAACGAGCAGUGGGUCAAGGAGACGCCGCUGCCCGCCCGGCGCAGCCACCACUGCGUCGCUGUGCUGGGUGGCUUCAUCUUCAUCGCCGGCGGCAGCUUCUCACGGGACAACGGAGGGGAUGCGGCCUCCAAUCUUCUUUAUAGGUAUGACCCCCGCUGUAAACAGUGGAUCAAGGUGGCCUCCAUGAACCAGCGCCGAGUGGAUUUCUACCUCGCCUCCAUUGAGGACAUGCUGGUGGCCGUCGGCGGCCGGAACGAAAACGGAGCGCUGUCAUCGGUGGAGACGUACAGCCCCAGGACUGACUCCUGGUCCUACGUGGCUGGCCUGCCCAGGUUCACGUAUGGCCAUGCGGGCACCAUCUACAAAGACUUUGUCUACAUCUCAGGGGGCCAUGACUACCAGAUCGGCCCCUACCGCAAGAACCUGCUGUGCUACGACCACCGGACGGACGUGUGGGAGGAGCGGCGGCCGAUGACCACGGCGCGCGGCUGGCACAGCAUGUGCAGCCUGGGCGACAGCAUCUACUCCAUUGGGGGCAGCGACGACAACCUCGAGUCCAUGGAGCGCUUCGACGUGCUGGGCGUGGAGGCCUACAGCCCCCAGUGCAACCAGUGGACCCGCGUGGCGCCCCUGCUGCAUGCCAACAGCGAGUCGGGCGUGGCCGUGUGGCAGGGCCGCAUCUACAUCCUCGGGGGCUACAGCUGGGAGAACACUGCCUUCUCCAAGACUGUGCAGGUGUACGACUGUGAGGCCAACAAGUGGAGCAAGGGCACCGACCUGCCCAAGGCCAUCGCCGGCGUGUCCGCCUGCGUCUGUGCCCUGAAGCCGCAGCUGGAGGACAAGAAGAAGAAAGGCAAGAGCAAGAGGCCCCAGGACCGGGGUCAGUGACAGCCGGCGCCCCGCACCCUCCCCCGCCGCUCACGCCCUGUCCCCAGGAUCUGGGAGACACCGUGCACUGCUUAGCUGCUUUCUCAUAGGAUUCUUGGUCUUUCUAUGAUACCACAGUAACCGAUAGAGAAA